CUUCAGUUACAAAUUCGUGCCUUGAUUUGCUUCAUAACAUUGUAGGUCGAGAAAAAGGCGUUAUCUGCUUGUUUUUCAGCUUGGGAACUAUCACGUCCAAAUUUCUUGCACUUCUCAUAACUCGAAUCAUCAAAUCCACUUUCCCGAGCGUCGUACACUAUGGACUCCACCAUUUCAUCUGACACCCGAUUUGACAUCAUCGACUUCAAUCAUCUAUCCCCUGAGCUAGACUGGCAUCGACUUGGCGCUGGCUCGUUUGGAAGUGUUUACCGUGCAGAGUAUCUUGGUCUGCCAGUUGCCGUUAAGGAAAUUUUCUCCCGAACAGACUAUAAUGUCGAAAAGUAUUUCGCGCGUGAAUGCAAGAUUUUACAAGAAGCUCGACACCCUAACAUUGUUCAAUAUAUUGGAUUGUGUCUCGCACCUCCUGGUCCUCCUAAGCAUGAUUAUCAACCUGAUUCAGAUGAAGAAGAAAAUGCACCGCCAGUCGUCGGGAAAAAAGCUCGACCAGCAGCUAAACGAAUCUUGAUCAUCAGUGAAUACUUGCCGAAAGGAAAUUUACGAGGUCAUCUUAUCACCCAUGCCACCGGACCAAGUUUAUCAUGGCGUCUUAGAUUAUCUUUUGCUAUAGAUAUCACCAGAUCUAUUGCAUAUCUUCAUGAACGGAGAUGUUUACAUCGGGAUUUGAAACUCGAGAAUUGUUUAAUCACAGACAAUUUUCGAAUCAAGUUAUGUGAUUUUGGUUUCGCUCGACUUGAGGCCAAAAACGAAGAAGAGGUACGAAGGUUGAGCUACUGUGGUACAGAUGGAUAUAUGUCACCCGAAAUCUUGAGAGGUGAACCCUUUGGUUUGGCGACCGACAUCUACAGUCUUGGUAUUCUCUUUUGCGAAUUGAUCACACUUAAAUUGACGGGACAGGC